AUGGGAAGCUUCCAAAGAAGUAUUUUAAAAGUGUUUGCCGUGGUUCUGCUCGUGGCCACCGCAAGGGGGGAGACGGAGUCUGCAUGCUACUACAAUAAUUGCGAAUUUGAGUUGAAUGAGAAGUUCCUGGAGACGGAUAUACGCUCGUACAAGUUUAUUUUCGAAGUAGAAAGCGGUACAAUUGAGACAAACUUCGAUGGAUCGCGACUUUCGAUUAUCCCACCGUUACUGUUCUCUGGUGAUGGCUACAGGAUAGAAGUAUUGACUAUGUCCGAGGUGGAUGUGCAGCGGUUGGAUCCUGAUACGUUUGGUAAUGCAACACUACUUCGUACGUUGAAAAUGCAGAAAAAUCGUAUCCCAAAGCUGUACGACUACAUGUUCCGGAAUGCCACCAAGCUAGAGAGCAUAAACUUCGGUAGCAACCGCAUCGAUGUGGUAGAGGAAUUCACGUUUGCUGGGUUAAACAAGUUGGAGCUGCUGCGAUUGUCGCGCAAUAAGAUUGAAGUGUUGCCACGGAAGUUGUUUGCUGGGUUGGGCAGGCUGAAGGAAUUGCAUCUGGACCACAAUCGUAUCACGGAGCUACCGGGACGCCUGUUUGAAGAUCUCCUACGGCUCAGAGAGUUGUACUUGGGGUUCAACUAUUUCGAAAAGCUUACAAAAGAUAGCUUUGUUGGAACGCGGAGACUACGAAAGCUUGGAUUGCAAAAUAAUCGGAUCAGCUCAAUCGAUCCAGAAACGUUUCAAUCAUUGGUCACGUUGGACUAUCUUUAUUUGCAGUCAAACCGGCUGACAAACCUAGCGUCGGAAACGUUCUUCUCACAGCUGGAGCUGAGCUAUUUGGAUUUGAGCGUGAACUAUUUGAAAGAGCUUCCGAAGGACUUGUUCCGACACACUUUCGCACUGGACACAUUGAAGUUGAGCAAUAAUUCGCUUCGGGAGCUGCACACCGAUUUAUUCGAGAGCGUGAUUGACCUGAUCAUUCUUAAAAUCGAACACAACGAGUUACGAUCGAUAGAGGAGGCGUUGUUUAGAAACCUUCAGAAGUUGAAUUUACUGUUGCUGGAAAAUAAUCGCAUAGAGCGCAUUUUCCCUGGUACGUUUGACCCUCUGAGAAAGCUAGAGGUACUGGACCUUAAUAACAACGCACUCACGUCGAUCGAGGGAGGUCUGUUCCGUGCAUUGCGAGAUUUGAAAAAACUUUUCCUCAACGAUAAUCUUAUCAGUGUCCUAAGCGCCGGGUGUUUGAAUGGUGCCAAAACGCUAAAAGAAAUCCAUCUCGAUAGCAACCCAAUUCAAUCGAUCGACGAGGACUUCCUGGUUGGAACACAUAUUUCACUACUGUCGAUGGACAAGUGUGGACUGAAGGGGUUACCGAAGCGAUUGUUUGCCAAUCAACUGUUCCUAACCAGACUUUCGCUGAAGGGUAACAAGCUGACCGAGCUUGAGUCGCAGACGUUCUGGCAACUAAUGGGACUUAAUGAGCUAGAUGUGAGUGAGAAUCGGGUAUUGAAUGUCUCGGAUGUUUUGUCAAAACUUUCCUACCUGAGAGAGGUGGAUUUAUCAGGAAAUCGGAUCCGUAAUAUUCCAGACGAUGAAAAAUAUGCAGAAAGGGACUUCUUGAAGAAACUUAUUCUGGACAACAACAAGUUGGCCGAAAUUCCAAUCUGGAUUGCUAAGCUGCCGAAUCUGAAGUUAUUGUCGUUGGAGAAAAAUAAGUUGAGUUCUACUGUUAUACCGGAGACUGCGGAGCUGCAAGAGCUAUACUUAGGUGGAAAUGAAAUCAGUUCUCUUCAGUUAGAAAAGUUUCCAAACUUGGAAGAGCUUUACGUCGAUGAUAACAAACUAACCAGCCUCUCGGCAGAUACUUUUGCUAACAUGCAGCUGAAAACGUUGGACUUAUCGGAGAAUCGGCUCACUGGACCACUGGAAGGAGUUUUCACUCAUCUUGGUUCGCUGGAAACACUUAGCUUAAAUAGUAAUCCAUUGGGGAGUCUAACACCGAGUACAUUUGAAGGUAUAUCAGAGUUGGACGAUCUUUCGCUAAAGAAUAUUAGUCUUAGCCAAGUAAAUAAGGGACUGUUUGAGUCUCUCUCGGAGUUGGAAAAGUUGGAUCUAUCGGAGAAUAGCCUUAAUAGCGUAGUUGUUGAGGCAUUCCGGAAUAACGAGAAGCUUCAUAGUUUCUACCUGAAUGACAACAAGAUCAGCAUUGGUUCCUUGGAUGGUUUGGUGGGACUAGAUCGAUUGAAGCUAAUUACGAUUUCAUCAGAAAAUGUGAUCCUACCAGAUACGUUGUUGGAAAACAAAACAAAGCUUGAGGAGUUUUACGUGCAGGGAAGUACAUUCAGCAGUCUACCGGUGAGCUUCUUCCGUUCUACGCUAUCGCUCCAAAAGCUGUCCGUUUCGGAUAACAAGCAGUUUGUGAAGGUUCCGAAGGAUUUCUUCCAGUACAUACCGUAUUUGAAGGAGCUCGUUCUGGUGAACAACAGUCUAUCUGCACUCGAUCCGAGUGUUUUUGAUCCUUUGGGACUGCUGGAGCUGUUAGACAUUUCGGAAAACCCUUUGAAAUCAUUGCCUGAAGAACUGUUCGCAAAGACAUACAGCUUGCAGAAAUUGAGAAUUGCUGACGCAAAUCUAUCUUCCAUUCCAGUAGGAAUCUUCAACAGCUUGUACGCUCUGAACACGCUGGAUCUGAGCAACAAUCAGCUGAAAACGCUGUCGCAGGGUGUGUUCAAUCGGCUUUACUCGCUGGAAACGAUCUCGCUCGAGAACAACCAAUUCGAACAGUUAGAACCGGCCGUGUUUGAUGGGUUGGAGAAGCUGAAAGUCGUGGUUCUCGCUUACAACAAGCUGAGCACAUUGGAUCCUCAACUUUUUGCUGGAUUACCAUUGGAAGUACUCGAACUGUCGAACAAUAAGUUUACCACGUUUGAUGAGAGCGCGAUGGCGUUUGCGAAGUCGUUGCUUGUCCUGUGGAUGGAAAAAAAUGCACUGAGCUCGCUGAAGGUAUCGUCCGUGUUGGAGAAGUUGUACGUUGACGACAACCAACUGUCCUCGAUUGAGGUAAAGCUUGAGGAAUCGGCACCAUUCAGUACACUCACGACCAUCUCAGCAACUGAAAACAAUUUCACUAGCCUGGAAAGCUUUUACAAUUUUAAGAUGCUGUCCGAGCUUGAUUUAUCGUACAACCGAUUCGAAGUGUUGGAACUGGGUAAGCUAAGCAGCGAAAUAUAUCCUCUCUACAUACUGAACGUAUCGAACAGUCACGUGCAGCGCAUCGAGAUUGGUAGUAUUGAGUCGCCUACGUCUUUGAUUCAUUUGGACAUUUCAAACAACAACGUGACGGCCCUGAAUGUGAGCUCGUUCGCAGUGUUCCCGAAUCUGGAGAACUUUGUGUUCGGAGGCAACAAGUUCAAUUCGUUCCCGGUGAAUGAAUUGAUCGGGACGUUUCAACAGCUGCAAUCGAUCGGACUGGAAGGUACGACCUGGAAGUGUGACUUCUUGACCAGUUUGAAGCACUCAAUAGAGGAGGUGGAUGUGAACUUCUGUGUUUGGGGAUCGCUGCUGUUGCUUGUGUUCCUGCAUAAAGCGUACAGCCUCGAAGAAAUUUCAUUAUCCUGUGAACCAUUUAGGUGUGAAUUCAGCGAGCUACACUUUGCUAGUCCCGAUGAUACGGCCGGUCUGUCCAUAGCAUACGACGACGGUUACUACCAUCAUGUGUCCUUCGAACGCUCAACCCUUCCCGUCAUACCGGUGAGUGUGUUUGCGCAGAAUAGCGGAGUGCAGACGCUCAACAUCUCUAACUGCGAUCUGUACGGUGUGCUGAGGAAAACGUUCCGCUACGCAGAGGACCUUAGAUAUCUGUACCUCGACAACAAUCGGCUAACGGAAACGUAUAGUGGAAUGUUUUUGGGAGCAAAAAAUUUGGAGGUGCUCCGGCUGUCCAAGAACCAUAUCAAAACGAUUGGUCAGCACACGUUUGCCGGCUUACCGAAGCUGGUUGAGCUGGAUCUGUCCGGAAACUUGAUACGGUCGCUACAGAGUGAGAUUUUUGCCACACUUGGUGAAACGAAACGGUUAUCGUUGGCAGACAACUACCUGCAUGAGCUGGCAGAGUCGACGUUCUUGGGCAUGAGCUCGCUGCAGGUGUUGGAUUUAAGUGGUAACGUGUUGCGCUUUUUGAAUGCAACCACAUUGGAGGGGUUGUUCGUGUUGGAGCGUCUCCUUCUGCACAACAAUCGGCUUGAGACGAUCGAUGGUCAAGCGUUUGCUCAGAUGCCCAUCCUGAAGGUGCUGCGGUUAAGCAAUAACAACCUGAAAACGUUACCGGCAAACGUCUUUAGUGCAUUGGGUAGCUUAGAAAAGGUAGAAUUGGAUCGGAACUAUAUUUCUGACCUGGAUGACACGUUGUUUGAAGAAAAUACCAAUCUGGAUUAUAUAAGCCUGGAAAAUAAUACGAUUAGCACUCUGCGUCCAGCACUGCUAGCGAAUCUGUACAAGCUGGAGGGAUUCUCGAUCGGGUAUAACCAAUUGCGCGAGCUGGACGUGCAACUGUUUGAGAACAGUUCAUCAUUGCAGCGGGUAUGGUUGGUGGGAAACUUUUUAACGCAGAUUUUUCCCGGCACGUUCGACAGUUUGAAUAAUUUGGAGGAGCUAUACCUGUCUUUCAACUUGCUCGCCACGUUCGAGGGAGGAUUGCUGAAGAACUGCAGUGAACUGAAGGAACUCUAUUUGUAUGAGAAUCGGAUUAAGCAUCUAAAGGCAGGUGCACUCGAAGGUGCAUCAAAGCUGCGGAAGCUGGGUUUGGGUAGAAACGACAUUACAACUAUCGACGAAAACUUCCUCGACGAUGUGCCACAGCUAGAAUACCUUUGGCUCACGGACAACUUUAUCAAAAGCAUUCCAGCGGGUUUGUUUAGUAAGCAAAGCGACCUGGCGUAUCUCAUGCUAUCGAACAACCAGAUAAAGGAAAUCAACCCCGGUACGUUUAAUUCCAGUGAGAGUUUGUUGGAGCUGCACCUGAAUAGCAAUCAGAUCCAGCGCAUCGAGAAAGGUGUAUUGAAUUUAACAAGUUUGGAGUAUCUUGAUCUUGCGGACAAUUUUAUUGAAACAUUGAACGAGAGCAGCUUGGAAGGGGUGCCCAAUCUAACUACCUUGUUACUGGAAUCGAACAUUCUUGAGGACGUCCCAGCCGCUAUCACUCAAACCACAAAGCUGUCCUACCUUACGCUGCAGAACAAUCGCAUCUGGAAGCUUAAGGAUGGGAGAUUUAGCAAGUUGACCAAUCUGUCCACACUUAACCUGGAAGGCAAUAAUAUAGAAGAGCUGGAACCGAACUGUUUCCAUGGGUUGGAAUCGCUUACAAGCCUGUUCAUGACUGAUAUAAACUUUACGGGAGUGAAUAGCGUACAAUUCGGUGCGUUAAAGAGGCUGGAAACUCUGUCCCUAGAUAGAACUCGUAUGGAUGGAGUAGAUUUUGGAUUUUUAGCAGGUUUGACAAACCUUAUCACUCUUUCGUUAAGAAAUACUAACAUCACUUACAAUGGCAGCUAUAACCAGUCGUUCCCAAGCUUGCGCACAAUAACUGUAACCGGAGCCAAACACACGACGAUCGAUGAAAAUUUCUUUGCAGGAUCUCCAAAUUUGAAAGCUGUGGACAUCCAGGACACACCGCUGGACGCGAUCAAUGUAAACGCUUUCCGAAGGUUAAAGAAUCUUACCGAACUGUACAUGGGUCCCUACAAAGGAGAGUUGAAGGACAUUAUCGCGAAUAACGUUGAGCUGAACAAUUUGUACCUGAAGCAAAUGAACUUUACCACUCUUUCCGAUCAUUUCUUCUGGGCAAACCGGAAACUAACCACACUUUCGAUCGAUGAAAAUCCAAAUCUGACGGCACUGAAACCGGCCUGGUUUAAGCAUCUGCCCUAUCUAGACUACCUGGAUGUGACCAGCAACAACAUUUCCGAAAUUUCAGCGGAUGUGUUCGAAAGUACGCCCGUGAUGCAUCAGCUGUUCCUGAUGGGCAAUCCGCUCCGUUCGCUCGAUGUGAACCUGUUCCAGAAUUUGUAUACUUUGACUUUUCUCGAUCUGGAAAAUACUACCCUUGCGGAUCUUCCGGUCGGCAUAUUUGAUGGUCUGUACAAGCUGGAAGAGUUGUUCCUGAAUAACAAUCAACUUUCGGAUUUGAAGAGUGGCACCUUCCGUCAGCUCUACUCGCUACGCAUGCUGACACUUUCCAACAAUUCGAUCGAACAGCUCGAUCCGUACCUGUUUGCGGAUAUGCCGAGACUGAAGGAGAUCUACCUAUCGCACAACAAGCUAACCACACUGGAUGAUCGUCUGUUUGAUGCACAGUUAGGCCUGCUGGCGUUAUACCUGUCCAACAAUCGGUUUGUUUCGUUCGAUUUACAUGCGAUGAGCUUCGCACGCACCCUAUACUACCUUAGUCUGGAUGGCAAUCAGCUGCAGUCGUUGAAGAUCGCUCCGAAUCUGGAGAGCCUAACCGUGAAUGAUAACCACCUGUCAUCGUUGCAGCUACCCGACUCGAACUAUUAUCGCAUGACAAUGCUUUCGAUACAGAACAAUAGCUUUACCACGCUGGAAUCAACGUACAGUUUCGAUAGAUUGGAGCAGUUGAACGUAACUUUGAACAAAUUACCAAUUCUCGAUAUAGGGCUGAUAGGAGAGAAGUUCCCAAGGUUGAACCUGCUAAAUGCAUCGUUGGCAGGCAUUGAGUUGUUGGGAAGUACGGUGAAAGCUUACAAGAAUAAGGCACUAAAACAUCUAGACCUAUCGUACAACACCCUAGCCGAUGGCGAGCUACGGAAGAUAGAUCAGUUUCCAAAGCUGGAGAACUUUGAAUUCGCCGGAAAUCGUAUCGUGAAUUAG